AUGGCCGCCUCUGCCGCCGCCGCGGUGCCUGCUACCUUCCUCCCGCGCCUCGCCACGCCACGGUCCCCGUCUCCUGUGCUCCCUUCGCCCGGACUGAGAGCCCAUCCCGUCGCCGCUCCUCUCUCCCUCUCCGCCAAACGCCGCGCCUGCGCCUGCGCCGCCACGGGCUCCGGCUUCUCCUCCUCCAACUCCGGAAAUCAAACCUCACUGAUGCUGCCGUUCAGCUUUACAUUCGACGAAGAUUCUUCUAGUUCCAAAAGGCCAUAUAGAUGGAAAAGGGUAUUGCUUAAAGUAAGUGGGGAAGCACUUGCUGGGAAUCACACAGAAAACAUCGACCCAAAGAUUACAAUGGCUAUUGCAAGAGAGGUUGCUUCUGUCACCAAGCUAGGUGUAGAGGUUGCUAUUGUUGUUGGCGGUGGCAAUAUCUUCCGUGGGGCCUCUUGGGCUGGAUGUAGUGGUCUUGACCGCUCAUCUGCGGAUUACAUCGGCAUGUUGGCCACUGUGAUGAAUGCUAUAUUUCUUCAAGCAACAAUGGAGAGCAUUGGAAUACCGACCCGUGUCCAAACUGCCUUCCGUAUGUCAGAAGUUGCAGAACCAUACAUACGCCGAAGAGCUGUAAGGCAUUUAGAGAAAGGAAGAGUUGUCAUAUUUGCUGCAGGAACAGGGAACCCAUUUUUCACAACUGAUACAGCUGCUGCUCUCCGUUGUGCCGAAAUCAAUGCAGAGGUAGUGCUUAAAGCGACAAAUGUUGAUGGUGUGUAUGAUGCGGACCCCAGGCAUAAUCCAAAUGCCCGCCUUCUUGAGACUGUGAGCUAUCAUGAAGUUACGACAAGAGAUCUCUCAGUAAUGGAUAUGACUGCUAUUACACUAUGCCAAGAAAACAACAUUCCCAUUGUUGUGUUUAACUUGCAAAAGACUGGGAACAUUGCAAAGGCUAUUGUCGGUGAGAAGGUUGGUACCUUCAUCGGAUGCACAGGAAAUCAGGAACAGGCUAUUGUCGGUGAGAAGGUUGUGUUUAACUUGCAAAAUGGAAACGCGCUGGUUGAAGAAAGAAGAUUGGUUAAUGAGGUGUGA